AUGGAUCAGUUAUUCCUCAACAGCGGACCGUUACCACUUCACUUCAACAUUCCUCCUCCUCCCCCUCUCGCUCCUCUUAGUCCUAUCAAGAUGAAUUCUGCUAACUGGUCCCUUCCUCCCUCUUUCUGUUUCCCUCCCAUGCUCCCAUUCCCGAUUCAAUGUGAAGAGCUUUAUACCGGAUACACAGCUCACCCCGCGUUAGAGGACUCCCUCUCUGCGUAUCUCCCUUUCAACAGAUCUGUAAAGUUUGAUAUCUCCAGACUGGACACUUCUAAAUCUCAGCUGGAUUCCUCUUGUUCCUCUGUCUUGAAUUUGACUGCAGUGAAACAGGAAUUACUCGAACCACUUGAUGACAAUCAGGAACUAACUUCGCAACCAAUCCCGCAAUUUACCCCGGAACCUAUCCCCAAUCCCGUCCGUGAACCCGUGUUAAAACCAUCUUCUCCUAAUCCAUACACAAAGCCAGCUUCUACUCAACGACGACGAAAGAGCUCCAACGAUCAAGUUCCCGUUGUCCCCGAUCCUAGUCCCGACUACAAAGUAGCUGAUUGUCUCUCCACCUCCGAGCAGUGGGAUGAUCUCCUCAACUACAUCACUACUUCUUCCUUCUCUACUUCCGAACAUGCUGCCUUACAGAAGAUGUGGUUUAACGCGGUAUACGAAAUACACAUCAAAACCAAGAACCUAAAGAAACACCUCACCCCAGCGGUCAAAUACAGACUCCGAAAACAGAACCCUAUCCCAGCCUCCAUUUCAUCUGUCCAGCCCUCUACCAACAACUACUUUACUGCAGAAGCAAAGAAUUUAAUGGAGUCUGUCUUCAACGUUAACAAGAGACCUGAUCCAGAGACGGUGCAGAUGUUGUCUCAGCAGACCGGACUCACGGCUAAGCAAAUCAGGAACUUCUUCAAGAACAAGAGAAGCAGAUCUUAG